AGAAAAACAGAGAGAAACACAGAGAACCGAGAGGAGAGUGAGUGAUGGGUUGUGUUCGCUGCAAAUCAUCAGAUCCAUGGCAAACAUCUGCCAAUGCCUUAGAAGAAUACGUCGAUGAAUCUGGAAUCAACGAAGCCUGGGUUGAGAUCUCUAGCCGCAGAUCAUUUGUCUCCGGCGAAGGUAGUAGUCGGAAGAAGCUGGAGAGGAAGAAGAGCCAAGUGUUACUGGAAGGUUACGUUGAGACUUCUGCUGCUUCAUCGGUGGAUGAUCAAAAAGACGAUCUGACGAGAUCCAAGAGUUUGACGGAUGACGAUCUCGAAGAUCUCAAAGGUUGUUUAGAUCUAGGGUUUGGUUUCAGCUACGACGAGAUCCCUGAGCUCUGCAACACUUUACCUGCUUUGGAGCUGUGCUAUUCAAUGAGCCAGAAGUUCUUAGACGAUAAGCAUAAAUCACCGGAAAGUUCGUCGGUGGAAGAUUCUCCGUCGCCUCCACCUGUCACCUCCACUCCCAUUGCCAAUUGGAAGAUCUCUAGUCCCGGUGAUAAUCCGGAUGAUGUGAAAGCUAGGCUCAAAUACUGGGCACAAGCCGUUGCCUGUACUGUCCAAUUGUGCAGCUGAAUGAAUCAUUGUCACUUCUCAACAAUAUCUCAAGCAUUGUUAGCUAAGGAGGAGAUCUCAGAAAGGCAUUGGAAGGUCUGAAAUUUAACUGAAUAUCAACAAUGAUUCUCACUUGAUUCCAUGUAUGUGUAGUACUAGUAGUAUCUAGUCUAAUGAUUUUAUGAACGGAAAUAAAGGUAUCACUUGAAU